AGCGCUGGUUCACUUCUGUGGUUCGCUUUCCGCACGAGUCAGAAACUCUCCGUUACAAUCACGGGAAAUCACUAUGAUUUUACUUUUCAGACGGAAGAUUUCACGAUUCAGUGAGGUGACGUCUGGUUUCCUACCUGCGCGGGUCUAAAGUGACCUGCUGCUCUUCCUGUGUAACACCUUGGAUAACACGCGCUGAAGGACUCGCACGAGGCCAGUGUGACAGCCCUCCACAGGAGGAACAUCUCGACGCGCUCCGAUGAGGAUCUCAGCUCUUCAGGAACAUUAAUACCCCCCCCCAGCGUCUGAAUGUUUGCUCAUCAGCGCGUCCGGCAUGGCUUACGCCAGGAUUAAACGGCCAGUGGAGCGACUCCAGGAAUUAUCCUCGCAGCGCUUGGGUUUGUCGUGGAGUAGCGGAAAGCGAGAUGGAAUUUCCUCCAUGUGAUCACGGCGAGAUGAUCUCGGCGUCAGACGUCUGCUGAAGACUUUAUAUGGGCGGAGGGCCGCGGUGUUGUUUUCUAGUGUAUUCCGGAUCGCCGCAGACAUGCUCCAGACCAAUAACUAUUCGCUGGUGCUGCUGAUCCAGCUGGCGCUGCUGACCUUUGACCUGUUCGUCAACUCCUUCAGUGAGCUGCUGCGGACCGCGCCGGUCAUACAGCUCGUGCUCUUCAUAAUCCAGGACAUCGGCAUCCUGUUUAACGUGAUCAUCAUCCUUCUCAUGAUGUUCAACACAUACGUGUUCCAGGUGGGGCUGGUGUCUCUGCUGCUGGAGCGGUUCCGAGCGCUGCUGAUACUGUCUGCUCUCUACCUGACUCUCAGCAUCUGCUUUCACUGCUGGGUCAUGAACCUGAGGUGGAUGGAGUCCAAUCGUUUCGUGUGGACGGACGGCCUGCAGGUCCUCUUUGUGUUCCAGAGACUGGCUGCCGUGUUGUAUUACUACUUCUACAAACGCACGACCGAGUAUCUGGGAGACCCCAGACUCUACGAAGAUUCCCCGUGGCUCCGCGACGCGUUCGCUCGAGCGCGGCAGUGAAACGAAACGCCCGGAAAACCAGCCCCGAAGCGGCGCUAACGUCGUGCAGUACGACACGCAGCUAAAGCAGGAAACUUAACGGACUCCAUUUAAAGCGAACUUGUGAACCGCGGAGCACGUCGGCGACCGGAGAGAUGUCCUUCGAUGCUUUUAACGCGACGGGAAAUAAAGCACGCGACGUCUCUAAACACAUCUUAGUGCAACAGCUCACCAGGUGUAAAGCUACAGUUAGCGUAAAUAGCUUCUAGGGUAGCGUAGCACGUUAAAAAACGUCUUUUUGUAUGGUUUCGGAUCAGCGCUUGAGCAGAGGUUGAUCGUACGGUUUCUGAGAGAUUUCGUUCACUUCGGUUUGCCUUCGAAACGACAAAUGGAAUUUGGUCUCAAGGAAUCUUUUUGUAUAUCGUGCCCGUUUUUUUUUAACAUUUUGUUUGUAAUGUUUUCUUAAACGUCCUCCAAGCGAAACACGUCCGGUGUAUUUCGAGUCGACGGAGCAUCAACAAAGUG